GUAGGUGCGAGCUGCGGGGUUGGAAAGGGCUCAGGGGAGACCCGUCCGUGUCAGCGCAGAUCGGGAUGAGUGGGUCUCCUGGUGGGAAUGUGGUCGCUGUCGGCCAGUGAGAUCGAGAGUGCCACACCCCGCUUCUUUGUUGGAGCUGGGGAUGAGGGGCUGGGCACCCAGGGAGCAGGCAUGAGUAUGGAAGAGAGCGAGAGUGAGCUUCUCGAAGAUGAAGAAGAUGAAAUGCCCCUUGAGCGGCAGAUUAUUGUUGGCAUUUGUGCCAUGACCAAGAAGUCCAAGUCCAAGCCAAUGACCCAGAUCCUAGAACGACUAUGCCGCUUUGACUAUCUAACUGUGAUUAUUCUGGGUGAGGAUGUUAUCCUUAAUGAGCCUGUGGAGAACUGGCCAUCUUGCCACUGCCUCAUCUCUUUCCACUCCAAAGGCUUCCCCCUGGACAAAGCUGUUGCUUAUGCCAAGCUUCGAAAUCCCUUCCUCAUCAAUGAUCUGACAAUGCAGUAUUACAUCCAGGACAGGCGGGAAGUAUACCGAAUCCUGCAAGAGGAGGGCAUUGAUCUGCCUCGAUAUGCUGUGCUUAAUCGUGACCCUGCCCGGCCAGACGAGUGCAACCUGAUAGAGGGUGAGGACCAGGUGGAGGUGAAUGGAGCUGUGUUUCCCAAACCAUUUGUGGAGAAGCCAGUGAGUGCUGAGGAUCACAACGUCUACAUCUACUAUCCCAGCACAGCUGGUGGGGGGAGCCAGCGCCUCUUUCGUAAGAUUGGCAGCCGAAGCAGUGUGUACUCCCCUGAGAGCAGUGUCCGAAAGACUGGAUCUUACAUUUAUGAGGAAUUCAUGCCCACAGAUGGCACUGAUGUCAAGGUGUAUACAGUGGGGCCAGAUUAUGCCCAUGCUGAAGCCCGAAAGUCUCCGGCCUUAGAUGGAAAGGUGGAAAGGGACAGUGAAGGGAAGGAGAUUCGAUACCCAGUCAUGCUGACUGCCAUGGAGAAGCUAGUGGCCAGGAAAGUCUGUGUUGCUUUCAAGCAAACAGUCUGUGGGUUUGACCUUCUCCGUGCCAAUGGUCACUCUUUUGUCUGUGAUGUCAAUGGCUUCAGCUUUGUCAAGAACUCAAUGAAAUACUAUGAUGACUGUGCCAAGAUCUUGGGGAAUACCAUAAUGCGGGAGCUUGCCCCCCAGUUUCAGAUUCCAUGGUCCAUUCCCACAGAGGCUGAAGACAUUCCCAUCGUCCCCACCACAUCUGGCACCAUGAUGGAACUCCGUUGUGUCAUCGCCAUCAUCCGUCAUGGGGAUCGAACUCCGAAACAGAAAAUGAAGAUGGAAGUUACACACCCCAGGUUUUUUGCACUGUUUGAGAAACAUGGUGGCUACAAAACUGGGAAACUGAAACUGAAAAGGCCAGAGCAGCUGCAGGAGGUGCUGGACAUCACUCGGCUGUUGUUGGGAGAGCUGGAGAAGGACCCUGGUGGUGAGAUUGAAGAGAAAACAGGAAAGCUGGAGCAGCUAAAGACUGUGCUGGAGAUGUAUGGUCACUUCUCAGGCAUCAAUAGAAAGGUACAGCUGACUUACUACCCCCAUGGAACCAGGGUCUCUAAUGAGGAGCAAGAUCAACAGCGGGAGACCCUGGCCCCGUCUCUGUUGCUGGUGUUAAAGUGGGGUGGGGAGCUGACUCCUGAUGGUCGGGUCCAGGCUGAGGAGCUGGGACGAGCUUUUCGCUGCAUGUACCCAGGGGGCCAGGGGGACUAUGCUGGCUUCCCUGGUUGUGGGCUUCUACGUCUCCAUAGCACUUAUCGCCAUGACCUCAAGAUCUAUGCUUCAGAUGAGGGUCGUGUACAGAUGACGGCUGCAGCCUUUGCCAAGGGAUUACUGGCACUGGAGGGGGAGCUGACACCCAUCCUGGUGCAAAUGGUGAAGAGUGCCAACAUGAAUGGGCUUCUGGACAGUGAUGGUGACUCGUUGAGCAGCUGCCAACACCGUGUGAAGGCGCGACUACAUCACAUUCUACAGCAGGAUACACCCUUUGGCCCUGGAGACUAUGAGCAGUUGGCCCCUACCGGCAGCCUCUCCUUGCUCAACUCAAUGGCCGUAAUUCAGAAUCCCGUGGAGAUCUGUAACCAGGUAUUCGCCCUGAUUGAGAACCUCACGCACCAGAUCCGGCAACGGCUGCAGGACCCCAAGUCGGCAGACCUACAGUUAUACCACAGUGAGACUCUGGAGUUGAUGCUGCAGCGCUGGAGCAAGCUGGAACGUGACUUUAGGCAGAAAAAUGGACGCUUUGAUAUCAGCAAAAUCCCUGACAUCUAUGAUUGUGUCAAGUAUGAUGUGCAGCACAAUGGGGGCCUGGGGCUCCAGGGGACAGCAGAACUGCUGCGACUCUCCAAGGCGCUGGCCGAUGUGGUCAUUCCUCAGGAGUAUGGGAUCAGCCGGGAGGAGAAACUGGAGAUUGCUGUGGGCUUUUGUCUCCCAUUGCUGAGGAAGAUUCAGCUUGACCUACAGCGAACCCAUGAGGAUGAGUCUGUCAACAAGCUGCACCCCCUGUACUCCAGAGGAGUGCUCUCCCCAGGUCGCCAUGUCCGCACCCGUCUCUACUUCACCAGUGAGAGCCAUGUCCACUCCCUGCUCAGUGUCUUCCGUUAUGGAGGCCUUCUUGAUGAAUCUCAGGAUGCACAGUGGCAGAGGGCUCUGGCUUAUCUCAGUGCCAUCUCAGAGCUCAACUACAUGACUCAGAUUGUCAUCAUGUUAUACGAAGACAACACUCAGGAUCCAUCAUCAGAGAAGCGAUUCCAUGUGGAACUGCACUUCAGCCCUGGAGUGAAAGGUGUUGAAGAGGAUGGCAGUGCCCCCACCGGCUGUGGUUUCCGCCCAGCCUCUUCCGAGACUGAGGAGCUGCAGACAGACAAAGGCAGUAUAGAGGACCUGUGUCGGAGUAAGGGUCGAGAUGAGACAGAUCGGGUAUCACAGACAUCACCCCAGCCGCCUGAGAUCCCUGGUCUCCCAAGAAGAUCCCCACUCAUCCGCAACCGUAAAGCUGGCUCUAUGGAGGUACUGUCUGAGACUUCAUCCUCACGACCUGCUAGUUAUCGUCUAUUCCAGUCUUCACGUCCCCCCACAGAAAUGAAACAAAGUGGCCUGGGCUCACAGUGCACAGGGCUGUUCAGCACCACAGUGCUGGGUGGUUCAUCUAGUGCCCCGAAUCUCCAGGACUACGCUCGCAGCCAUGGCAAAAAACUCCCUCCUGCCAGCCUGAUGCACCGAGAUGAGUUCUUGUCUGUCCCGGCUGUAAAGCGAUUUUCUGUGUCAUUUGCAAAGCAUCCGACUAACGGAUUUGAAGGUUGUUCCAUGGUGCCCACCAUCUACCCACUGGAGACUCUGCACAACGCUCUCUCCCUUCGCCAGGUGAAUGAAUUUCUGAGUUCAGUCUGCCAACGGCACACAGCUGCCCAGGUAUCUGCAGCUCUGUUUGAUUCCAUGCACAGCAACCAGGCUCCUGGGGGCCCAUUUGCUCCACCCCAGACCCUUCACUCACCCCCUUUGCAGCUCCGGCAGCGCUCUGAGAAGCCCCCAUGGUAUAGCAGUGGUCCCUCCAGCACUAUGUCUAGUGCUGGUCCCUCUUCCCCUACUUCAGUAGAUGGUGGCUCCCAUUUUGGCUUCAGUGACCGUCCAAACCUGAGUUCUCAAAUGAGUGAGGAACAUCAAAGUCCUGGGCAGCCUCAGGAGAUCCCUGAGGAUGGGGGCAAGGAGACCACAGAGACAGAAAAAGGACCCUCCAAAAUCAUCCAGCCACCUCAGGAAAUGCCUGCAGAGAGUGGCCAGCUGUUACAGGAAGCCCUGCCUGAAGGGGUAGACCAGGCAUUCCAGGACGUUCUGAUGAAAGUUGAGCAGGUGACUCAGGGAGCCUCUGAGGUCAAUCAGCUGUCUCCAGAGGGCCCUAUCGAAGUUGAUCAGCCCUCUCAAGAAAUUACUGUGAAUGUUGGUCCACUUUCAAAGGAAGCCCCUAAAGUUGGCUUCAUGUCCCAGAAGAUUCCUGAAGAGGUUGACCAGCCAAGCCAAGAAGCUGAUAAGGAGGUUGACCAGUCAACCCAAGAGGGUCAUAAGGAGGUUGAUCAGCUGCCACAGGAGGCUUCUGAGAAAGCUGACUUACUAUCUCAAGACAGUCUUGAAGAGAUUGACCAGCUGACCCAGGAGGGUACUAAGGAGGUCAAUCAGCUAUUUGGAAAGAAUGUUCUUCAAGACCAGCACCUGUGUAGUGACCCAGACCCUUUAGACCAAUCCCUGACCUUCAGCCAGCAGUCUCCCUUCCCACCAGCACCACAUGACUAAGCACUCUGCCAUUAGUGGUCACAUUGCACCAAUCAUUUGAACCAGCAGCAGCUCUGCUGGCCACCUCACCUACUAGUGACAGGCUUUGGCUCCAACCAGAGGGCUCUGAGGAAGCUCUCUCCUCAUUAAGAGGUGUAUUAUUGGGGCAAGAGCUGGGCUGGGGUGGAGCCAACUCUGCUAAGGGUCCCUUGGUUCUGGUUGCCUAAUCAGUGUCCUCAACUCCUCAGAAUAGGCCAGAGGGUUCCAGGUAACUGAGAGUUGAAUGAAACGUCCUUUUGUUGCUAAAGACAAUUAAGGACCAGCACGGAUAAGAGAACGGAUCCAAGGUGAGGGCUCUGGAUUCUGGCUAAUGUCCUAAGAAAGGGUGAAUAACCUCCCAAGGUCCCUUGGGCCCCAUGGGCAUUCAAGAGGUCUACCCAGUGUUCUUUGGGCAGGUUUAGGAUGGCCAAAAAAAUUGGGAGAGGGAAAGAGGAUCCCAUUCCCCAAUUAACCAUCCUGGGUGGCCUCUGAUACUGAAAUUGGGCUAUAGAUAUUCCCAUAUCAUCCCCCAAGUGCCCCCCUCCUAUCCACCUGAACAACAGCUCUGGCAUAGGAUGGGUAUCAAACUGCUCUAAAGAUUUAAGAGUAACCACUUAAAGCUGCUUUAGGGGUAUCUUGCCUUCAGGGGACCCUUGGCCAACUGCUGAGGGGUAUCUUGGCUUAGUGUGGGGAGAGAGUCUAUAGUGGAGAGAAUCAGGUUUUAUUUUAAGCAAUUAGAAGAGAUCACUAUUGUACAGACAGGAGCAAAGAUUUAAUAUAUAUAUAUAUAUGUGUGUGUAUGUGUGCGUGUGUCUAUAUAUAUAUAUAUACAUAU